AUUAUUAUUAUUCAUUAGAAAAAUGCCCAUUUCUUCUUAUUGUCGCUGUUAAAGCCCUCAAAGAAAGUUAAUGGCUUCUUCAUCUUCUCCAAUCUCCACCGAGACUUGUCUUGGCGGCAAAGACACUGAGGUUCUCUCACAGUAAAGAGAAAAAGGAAAUGCAUUCACUGCCAGAAAUGUGGAAUAGGGACUUUGGAGUAGAAUGGAUGCUCAGGCUUCAGAGGAUAUUGUGUAAAAGGGGCAAACGGGCAAAGUUGAAGCUAGCUGAUUGUGGUAACCUUGUAACUGAUUCUUCAGGUUAUCAGUGCAGUAAAUUAAAAAAAUUAAGAUUUUGUAUGUAGUCUCGGAAUCUACUCUGGUAUGCUUCAAAGCUGGCAUAGACCGAUACCCAUUUCAUCUCAGACCAAUGGGUUCCACCCAAGCAUUGCUUAAAACCCUCCUGAAGAAACCUGGAACCAUCAAAUCUCACUAUCAGGCCAAACAACUUCAUGCACAAAUCCUCAGAACCAGAGGCUCAGAUCCUUCUUUCAUGGCCACCAUACUCUCCAUCUACUCAUAUUUAAAUCACUUACAUGACUCACUCCUUGUCUUCGACACCAUUCAGUCUCCUCCUACUCUUGCUUGGAAGUCCAUCAUUAGAUGCUACACUUCUCAUGGACUUUUCCUCCAGUCAUUGGCUUCUUUUAUCCAAAUGCGAGCUCUAGGAAUAUAUCCAGAUCACAAUGUUUUCCCUUCUGUGCUAAAAUCGUGCACAUUGCUUAUGGACUUGAGUUUAGGUGAGUCAGUACAUGGGUGCAUUAUUAGGUUAGGUCAUGAUUCAGAUUUGUAUACAGGUAACGCCCUUAUCAACAUGUAUUCAAAAUUUCAGAGCUUGCGUGAGAAUGCUGGAUCCCCAUUUACUGUGCCUCAACUGCUCAAUGAAAUUCAUGAGCAGAAGGGGGUUGGUGAAAAUAGAAGCUAUUCUGUUAGAUAUACUGAAAGGACAGGUAGAAUCAAGCAUGAUGAGUUGGAAAUUAACAGAACAAUGCUAUAUCUUUGCGGGGAUGCGAAGAGAAAAAUGAGUAUUAGUGGGACUUUCUGUGAAAGUGAAUCAUAUCAAAUAAUAAAUAAAUUGGAAGCUAGGGUAUUGGACAUUAAUCAUGAUGCAAGUGUGAAUUCAUUUGGAGGUGUAUUGCCACAAUCUAUUGCAUAUAAGGAAGUGGAUGGUCAAUUUAAUGGGAAGGUUGAUAUUGUUUCCAAGGAAAAUGAAGACAAAAAAGUCGUGCAAAUGGAUAGCAUGCGAAAAGUCUUUGAUAUGAUGCCUAAUAAGGAUCUUGUUUCCUGGAAUACCGUGAUUGCAGGAAAUGCACAAAAUGGAUUGUAUAAAGAGGCUUUAGCAAUGCUUAGGGAGAUGGGGAAUGACAACUUGAAGCCUGAUUCCUUUACAUUGUCUAGUGUACUUCCUAUAUUUGCAGAAUAUGUGGACGUUAUCAAGGGAAAGGAAAUUCAUGGGUAUGCCAUAAGACAUGGGUUUGAUGCAGAUGUAUUCAUUGGGAGUAGCUUAAUUGACAUGUAUGCUAAGUGUACUCGAAUCAAUGAUUCAUGUCAAGUUUUUAAUCACUUACCUCAGCGUGAUGGCAUUUCAUGGAAUUCUAUAAUUGCAGGAUGUGUACAGAAUGGUCUAUUUGAUGAAGGGUUGAGAUUCUUUCGGCAGAUGUUGAUGGUAAAAAUCAAGCCCAAGCAUGUAACUUUUUCAAGUAUCAUGCCAGCUUGUGCCCACUUGACAACACUACAUUUAGGAAGACAGCUCCAUGGAUACAUAAUCAGGAGAGGAUUCGAUGAUAACGUGUAUAUAGCGAGCUCAUUGGUGGACAUGUAUGCUAAAUGUGGGAAUGUUAGGAUAGCUAAGUGGAUUUUUGAUAAAAUGGAGCAAAAUGACAUGGUGUCUUGGACAGCCAUCAUUAUGGGAUAUGCUUUGCAUGGUCAUGCCCAUGAUGCCAUUGCUUUAUUUGAGCAGAUGGAAACAGAGGGAGUGAAACCUAAUUAUGUGUCAUUUAUGGCCGUACUGACUGCAUGUAGCCAUACUGGUUUGAUUGAUGAAGCUUGGAAAUACUUUCAUAGUAUGACCUUGAAAUAUGGAAUUGCUCCUGGCUUGGAGCACUAUGCUGCUGUUGCAGACCUUCUUGGGCGAGCUGGUAAGUUGGAGGAUGCAUACCACUUUAUCACUAAAAUGCAUAUAACACCCACAGGAAGUGUAUGGUCAACAUUAUUGGCUGCUUGUAGAGUUCAUAAGAAUGUUGAAUUGGCUGAAAAAGUUGCAGAGGAAAUAUUUAAGGUUGAUCCGGGGAAUAUGGGUGCAUAUAUUCUAUUGUCGAAUAUAUAUUCUGCUGCUAGGAGAUGGAAAGAUGCAGCAAAGUUGAGAGUCUCUAUGAGGGAUAAGGGCAUGAGAAAGGUCCCAGCCUGCAGUUGGAUUGAAGUUAAAAACAAAGUUCAUGCCUUUGUGGCAGGAGACAAAUCCCAUGUUUGCUACGAUAGAAUAAAUGAUGCACUAAACGUUCUGAUGGAGCAGAUGGAACGGGAAGGAUAUGUGGCCAACACAAAUGAGGUUCUACACGAUGUUGAGGAGGAGCAAAAGAAAUAUUUGUUAAGUAACCACAGUGAAAGGCUUGCUAUAGCAUUUGGCAUCAUUAGCACUCCUGCUGGCACAACAAUUCGAGUAACGAAGAAUAUUAGAGUCUGUUUGGAUUGCCAUACAGCAAUCAAAUUCAUGUCAAAGAUAGUUGGAAGGGAAAUAGUUGUAAGGGAUAAUAGUAGAUUUCACCAUUUCAAGGGUGGGGAGUGUUCCUGUGGAGAUUAUUGGUGACGGCAAACUUCAAAACCAAUAGAUUUCAUCAUUUGCUCAAAGGUAUAUGACAUAUUGACAAAACAUUAGUUAAGCUACGACUAGCGAUUCUCUUACCAAGAAAAAUAUACUGAAUUUUGUAAAAGAUUACUGGCCUGGGGCAUCUGUAUUAAUAUACUAAUUAUAACAAAUUCCAUUAAAGUCAA